AUGGUUUUCAUACGUGAUCCCUGUGGCAUUGUCUGCUUAAUUUUUACCUAUGGCGCCGUUAUCUAUGCAGAUUAUGUGGUUAUGCGAUGGAUAAUACUGACAACAAUGCCUAUGAGUAUUUGGGCGCCCUUCCAUGUUGUGUUCUUCAACACGGUUGUCUUUCUGCUAGUCAUGUCGCAUUUGAAAGCCGUUUUCUCUGAUCCGGGCACUGUGCCGCUGCCCGCCGAUCGCUUGGACGUAUCCGAGCUACAUACAACGAACAGCAACAAACCGAUUUCUGGCAAUGGCCAUGGUAGCGAAUGGACUGUGUGCAUGAGAUGCGAGACUUAUAGGCCACCUCGUGCCCAUCAUUGUCGCAUAUGCAAGCGUUGCAUACGUCGCAUGGAUCAUCAUUGCCCAUGGAUAAACAAUUGUGUGGGCGAACGCAAUCAAAAGUACUUUCUGCAAUUUCUUGUCUAUGUGGGCAUUCUCUCGGUCUACUCCUUAGCGCUAGUAGUAGGCUCUUGGGUAUCGCCGUGUACGAAAUGCAGUGAGAAUAUAAUAGAGAAGCAAUUUGUUCAUUGCAUCCUUUUGAUGUUUGAGGCGUUGGUGUUUGGAGUGUUUGUCACUGCCAUUAUGAACGAUCAGCUGUAUGCCAUACUGCACGAUGAGACGGCGGUGGAGGCGAUACAACAAAAGGGUGCAUAUCGGCUAAAUCGUCGUAAAUAUCAACUGUUGACCGAGGUGUUUGGCCACGGGCAUCCAUUGCUUUGGCUACUUCCCUGCGACAGUGUUAGCCACUUCGCACGCUAUCAAGAAAUACCUCUGCUCAGCCAUGAAGUGUAGAAGUCGAUUGAUAAAUUCUA